UUCAGGGCCUUUCAACAUUUUUUAUUAAAGUAUUCAAAUUGUAAACAAGAGUCCAGUGUUUAAAAAAACAACACUUCCAUUUUUACAUGUGGACAUAUAGAGAAAGCACAUAACAAAAACUAAUUCUAAACAAAAAAUAGAAAGAGGGAACAUUUUUUAAAAGUGCAAUUUGUUAUGAUGUAUUCAAUGCAAAAUACAUAACAAACAAUGGGUUGUAUAAGCAGAAUCAUAUGACCUCUAUCAAGUAAUUUGGUUUGAUUCUAUUUGAUUACACCAAAUAUGCUGUAUCUUCAGCAUUUUAUCGGGAGGAAUGAUUCUGUAUUUGUCAGCAAGUUAAAAUGAUCUGAAUUGAAUUUUACUUUUUUAAAUUUUUACUUUUUCCGUUGGAACAGACCCAGGCAAUUCUUUAACUUUAACUUAGUCUAUGUAGUAAUGGUGGCAACAGAGCAGCAGAGUGUGCAGAAUGUUUCAUUUGGAAGGGUAACUUAUUGAUGAGUCCUUAAAUCAUAAGCAAAAGACAAUGCUGGGGCAGGGAGAUGAGCUGCAGUAUCAAACACUGGAAGAUAAACCCACAGAUGAGCUUGGAGGGUUUACAAUAACCUCCAGGACACAAUUCAUGGCAUUUCAGAAGUGCUAAUAUGCAGUUGUUCCUGAAAUUUGAGAAUUAUGUUUCAAUAUCAACAAAAAACACUAGAUGGCAGCAGUCCACUUGUGGUCAAGACGUACAUGGCUGGCUGCAGCCUAUUGACCUUGUAGUCAAAUAAGUUUACCCUAAAAAGCAGAUUGAAGACAUCCUCGGUAAGCCAUGGGUGGUUUAUUGUCAGUCUAACUGAGCACCAGGAAGUGUGGGAUUUCGAAAACCUUUUUUAUUUUAUCUUUUGUUAUUUUAUUUUAUUGCUGUGUGUGAUUAAUCUUAAAUCUAAUGAGGGAAACAGCAACGCAUUUCUCCCUUUCCUGCAAUCAAAACAAAAAUAAACCCUUCAUGGCUUUCCUUAAAACAUUAUAUUGUGCAUCGUUUUUUGGCAAUACAAUGCAUAAAGCAAAAAAAAAAAGAAGAAAAAAAGACAACAACAAAUAUAAAGUAGCCUACUGGGUUUUUUUGGUAAAUAGGUAUUUAACCCAAUUCAGUACUUUCUUAAAAUGAAAUAACGUCAUCAUAUAGGUCUAACAUUAAUAACACAGGCCCUGUCAUUUUCACUAUUCCCCUCCAUUAUAACUCCUAGUUUUGUUACUGUAGCUGCAAUAAGGGUCCCUCUCAGACAUUCUAGCUUCUGUAGCUAAAUAUGUAAAGAAAAGUUAAGCAGAAAUAUUCAAACUUAUGUUGGACCUCCUAUUCGCUGUGACGCAACCCAGAGUCCUGGCCGGAGCGCUGCUUCAAGCUUCCCACUGGCAUUCAGGCUGUUGCGCUACAUGCUUCCACUGCGCUCUCCCCCGUGACUGUUGUCCGGUUUCUGGGGUCCUUCAGGGCUCCCCAGAUGAACACAGGGACCACACCCAUCCAGCCGGAGCAGGGGGAUGACUGAAAGAAGUUGGAUGAUCCAGAGAUUCCGGCGUUUCUGACGGAACUGUUCCAAGAGGCGCAGUCCCUCCAAAAACAAUAUGAUGUCUGCUAUAGAGACUGGUACCCCUGUGUACCAACCUGCACAGCUGCUCAACUGGGUCUAUAUGUCUUUGCAAGACACUCAAAGCGGCGCGUUUGAUGCGUUCAAAGCCGAGUCGGACGUUUCUCCUCAGGACAUGAACAUCUCCAAGCGCAGCGCAGCUGAUCUGAGCUCCAACUAUCUCAACAACUUCUUCCAGCUGAGGAGUGAGGCCUUGAACAAUAAUUUCUACAAGAGCUCUUCACCCUAUGGGUCUCUCAACAAUAUCGUGGACGGCCUGAGCUCUUUGGCGGACCAUUUCUCAGACCUCUCUCUGUCCCCCGAGACACGCAAACCCAGCAAAAGGCCGCCGCCCAACUACCUGUGCCACCUUUGCUUCAACAAAGGACACUACAUCAAAGACUGCCCUCAGGCUCGACCCAAAGGUGAAGGCCUGACCCCGUAUCAGGGAAAAAAGAGGUGCUUCGGUGAAUAUAAAUGCCCUAAAUGCAAGAGGAAGUGGAUGAGUGGGAACUCCUGGGCCAACAUGGGACAAGAAUGUAUCAAGUGCCACAUCAACGUUUACCCUCAUAAGCAGCGACCUCUGGAGAAACCGGAUGGGUUAGAUGUGUCGGACCAGAGCAAAGAGCAUCCGCAACACCUGUGUGAAAAAUGCAAAGUCCUCGGCUACUACUGCCGCCGCGUGCAAUAACACUCUCUACUCGCCUUACAUACUCCUGCGACAUUUUAUCAAAAAGGGACAGUUAUAUUUUAAUUACUAAAAAUACAUGCUAAUUAACUUUAUUGUACUGUAAUGCAUCUAACUGUUUAUUCUUAUGAAAUAUUCUCUCUGACACUGUGACUCUCAGUAUAAGAGGCUUUUUUUUUUUUUUACAGCAUCUCUCAAUGGAGAGAGGAGUACUUUGCAUUUGCUGGGUUCUUGUAACUUACUCAGUUAUCAUUAUGUGAAUAUUCAUUUGAAGUCUUAACUAUGAACCGUAAGAAUCUUACCAACUGUGAAUUAAGAAACUUUAGCUCUGUGUCUGUCUUCACUCUUGUAUAACAUGUUGGAAUAGAAAUUCAUGAGUGAAGUUUCCAGAUGAAGAUUCUCUUUUACAUGUUUGUAUAUUCCAGAAAUAACUUAAAUGAAAUUAUGUUUUCUGUAUAAAAUAUGCAACAAGUCUUUACUAAGAAGGAUAUGCAGUAUUAAUGUGUAUCUGCAUUAUUAUCUGUAUUAUCAGUACUGGAGGGUACAUAAUUUUUGAACAUAUUUUUAAGUUGAUUAUUACACUUUGUGAAGGAAUAUAUUAGCCAACUAACAUUUAUUCUUUAUAUGCUAUGUGCCUGUAUUUCUGAAGACACCUUUUACAUAGUUUGUCAUUCAAAAGUUUUACAAAACUGUAAACCAAUGCAAUAUGGUAGAAACAUUUCACUUCCUGAAAAAUAGAAUAAUAGUUAUAUUUUGGCACCCAGUGCUAAGACCAAAGUGCUUUUUUUAUGGGUCAUAGGUCGUAAUGUCUAACACGAGACAAAAAAGGAACAAAACUCUGAAUGUACCAAAGAUCAUGAAGGAUUAAGUGGAAGGCUGCAUGUGCAUGUUGCUUUAGAGGCUUUUUUUAUUUCAAUGAUAUUGUGAUGAUAAGUGAAUAUGGAACAGAAAUACCCUAUUGCUUAACUGUUUAAAGAUGUGCGAAACUCCAUUUAAUGUGCCUUAGUUUGAGUGACCCAUGAGAUUGAUCCCUUGAUCUCUUAAAAUGUUUUUGUAUUAAAAUGUAUUUAAAUAUGUUA